AUGGAGGUGAAGACGAUGGUAACAGAUCUAAAGGAAGAGGUCAAGUUAGAGGCGAAGAAGGAGAUAAAGGUGGAGGUGGCGCCAACAGUAGCAGCAAUAAAGGAAGAGAUCAAGCUGGAGGUGAAGGAGAAGGCGAUAAAGGUGGAGGUGGCACCAAUGAUGGUAGAGAUGAAGGAAGAGGUGGUCAAGCCGGGGGUGGAGGAGGAGAUAGAGAUGGUGCUGGUAGUGGUGGAGGAGGUGGAGGAGGAAAAAAAGGAGGUGGAGGAGAAGAAGAAAAAGAAAGUGACGAAAAAGAGGAAAUCGAGGAAACAGAAGAAGAAAACGACGCAGGAGAAGAUGAAGAAAUCGAAAAAAAAACGUCACCAACAAUCAUCCUGUGGAGGCUUGGUUAGUCAUCUGCGAUAUGAAAGCUUCUGCCCAUGCGGUGCUUCGUUGAUCUGCGAGAAGUGUGGUCUGGGACCUCCUAAAGCCUGUCAAGGAGACAUAGCUACGUACCACGAUACAAUCAAAGUAGCAGAAGGCUGUGUGUUGCACACGCCGAUGCAAGCUGGAUCAGGAUCACCACAACCCUCGCUGAACUUCAUAAUGGACUCAGGCGCACACAGCCACAUGACAUGGAACGGGGACCCUGGUUUUCUGAAACCGUACCCUUGCAAGGUCGACCUGCCGAUUAGAGGUGUCAAAGGAGUCGGCGGGAAGAUUUGCAUAGUUUCUGGAUGCGGGUACAUCAACACUGGUGCCAUAACACUCGAGGGCGUGUUACAUGUUCCUGAUGGGGGUGUAAAUCUGGUCUCCCUUUCUAAGCUUGUGGACGACUACUCCGCGAGGGUGGUGUUUGACAAGAAGUUGUUCUCGGUCAAGAGGCUUCAGGACAAAGAGAUGAUAGGGAAUGGCCACAGGGUGGGCAGCCAUUACUUUCUCGAUCAUUUCCUGCCAGGCUGUCUGUACGUCGACCAACUGCAAACAACACAACAUGUCCAGCAGAGAGAUGGAUCAUUUGCUUCGUCAUCUCGAGCAACUAGGUUCUGA